ACGUCAUAACCAAGUACAACAACUCUGAUUAUUGAGCACGUUAGCAGGCGUACAAAUAUAAGGAGUGUAUAUUUGCUAGUUUUAAUAUAGGAAACAAAAGUAAUUUGGCUGGUGAAAGAAUAUUCGUGAGCUCGCCGAUCGACUUUUCCGACUCAACUAUCACGGCUGAGAUCAUGCAUCACGCAACUACUCUCACCUGCUUGUUUACAAUUUCCUCAAUCCUUCAUGACAGUUGGAGACAGUUAGAAAACGCUUGACUUCCUAAUCGACAUUUUAUCUUAACAAUCAACAUGUACAUGUGUCCUUUUCCGACAUGUAUCAUGAUUUGAUGUUCUCCUUCCGUCGUCGCGUUUGCCGCGUUAGCCACCGAUGCUAGCUGGCGAGCUAACGCCUCCGUAGGGAACAAUGACAGAGACGCAUGCCGACAGUGGCGGCGGUCUGGCGGCCAAGGGGCUGGAUAUCAGCCUGGCUGCGUUACAGAGACAGGAUCCGUACAUUAAUAAUAUCAUGGACGUGGCCAGCCAGGUGGCGCUAUAUACGUACAACAACAGAGCCAACGAGUGGGAAAAGACAGACGUGGAAGGCACACUUUUCAUCUACACAAGGCUGGCGUCUCCCAAACAUGGCUUCACCAUUAUGAACAGACUCAGGAUGGAGAACCUGACCGAGCCCAUCACCAAAGACUUGGACUUCCUACUGCAGCACCCCUUCCUGCUCUAUCGCAAUGCACGGCUGGUCAUCCAUGGCAUUUGGUUCUACGACAAGGCGGACUGCCAGCGCAUCGCCCAGAGGAUGACAACUCUGACCCAGCAUGAGCAGGCGGCGGCUCAGUCUCAGGGGGGCUGGUUGUCCUUAGAAAGAGACGCGUCAUCAUCAGGAGGUGGAAAAGGAGGAGGCAGCAUGGGCGUGCUUAAAGGCGAAGAAGGGAAGGAGGUGGACAUCAUCCAGAUGUUGACCAAAGCGCACACAGAAUACGACAAGGAAAAGUCCACAUCAGAGCCAAAGGAAAUCGGCGUCAGCAGUUUUCUUUACGGGGGUGCAAACCUCAUCAAACCCAUACCUGUGAAGCCCCCCACUCAGGACAGCGAUGGCAGUGACAGCAGGUCGUUGUCGGUGUCCAUGUUGUUUGGAUCUCACGUCUCCAAACGUGACCCCACCCCUCCUGGAGGAGGGAAAGAUGUGCGCCCCCCUGUGGCUCGCACGCUCACCUAUGAACCUGUGGGGGGGAAAAAGGGCCGGGAAAAUGCUUCAUUGCAGCAGCGGCAGCAGCCCUGCCAUGCCAUCCAGAAGCUCAUGCAGGGACAGAGGGGUCCAGCAGGGGGCAUCCUCCACACGCUGUCAGAGUCCCCAGAGAACAAACUGUGUGACAAUGACCACCAUCAUCUUCAUCAUCAUUAUCAUCCACACCAGCAACUAGACCCUAUCAAGAGACAUUUCUUGUACCAGCUCCCCACUCAUGCUCAUCCUACACCUUGUUGCAACGCCCCCUCGCAGCACACCACUCAGCCCAUAAUGGCCGCCUGCUCAGCGUGUCCUCGCCAACCUCACGUUCUCCACAUGCUUCCUCCUCACGAGCUCCUCCACAAGCUCAAGCUGGUCCAGCAGGAGCAGAGUCUCGCCUCCCCGGAACCCCCGCACCUCGGACCUGCCCUGGCCCCCCGAUUCCAGCGCACGCCGGCACAUCAACAGGCGCCUUCCUCACAAAGCAUCCCGGCCACCACAGCCACGACCUUGCUCCUCUCGCCCAGCGUCUUCUCUCAGGUGAACUCAGAUGGCGCUCAAGACUCCGCCCCCUCCAGAGUCCUGUCCAGAAGCCAGCUCCAAGCCACAUUGCUGCACCUUAUCCAGACAGACCGCUCCUUCCUGGACACCAUCUACGAUGCUUACGUCAGCCAUUUUUUCCACCUGUGACACGCCCCUCUUCCCCAAAUAUGGACUUCCUCUUCCUCUGGAUGGCAAUCAGAAAUGGUUACUCGUGGUUACUAAAAAACAUGACAACAAAUAAGGCUUUGUGUGAAGGAAAAGGAUUCUCUGAGGUUUUAAAUGUAGCAGUUUGUUCUAAAAGUUAAGUGUCGUUUUUACACACUUUCAUUUAAUACUAAAAAAUGUUUAAAGUUUACUUCCUAAAUUCAUAGAUUUUGAGGUUAAGCUAUGUCCUUUUAAUUUUAAAGAGCAGCUAUACUUAAACUGUUUUUUCUGAUAAUUGGGUUUAUUUGCUGUACUUUAAAAGUAAUUUUUUUAUGUUAGUAUUUUUGUAAUUAAUUUAUUGCUUUACACAAACAACAAUAUAUCUGGAAAAUGCUCUUUUUUAAUGUACCACAGACCUAAUUUUUAGGGUGACAUUUUUCUUUUCAUUUAAAGAAAAUUUAAAUUUGAAAUAUUUAAUUAGCAUUCAGGCAGAUUUUUUUUUUUUUUUAAGAAUAAUUGUAGCGCUUAUUUUAUUUUUCCAACGGGGCGUCAGACAUAACAAAGCUGCUCUACCUCACAAAGCUACUCAGUCUAUUUACACAAAACAUAAACAAGUUGUCCCUUUUCUACUGUCCUGAUGCACAAAUAAAUAAAAGCAAUAACCGGCGACCACAAUGCAAGAAGCACACAUUCACAUUCUUUAGAAAACAUUUUUGGUGUGCAUAUUUUUCUACUGCAGAAGCAAAACCAGCAUUGUAAUAAAACCAAUGAAAGAGGCAUAAUAAUAAUAAUAAUAAUGACAUAUAUAUUUUGGGAUUAUUCAUGUUAUUUUUGCUGUUGGAAAUAUUAGAUAUUGUAUGUCAUGUUUGGCUGUAACAGGAGUUUAUUUUAAUUGGAUAUUAAAUGUUCUUAA